GAAGCCUUAGAAGGAAGUGCUGAGGGUUCACGCCUAAUGGCGGCCCAAGGUGCCUCCAUCUUGGGAGUGGUAGGGUCUACAGUCGCAAAAGAAAGUUCCUGAAAAACGCCCGGGAACACCAGGUGGGUUUGGGUGGGAGGAGAAAAAGGGGAUGAACACGUGACUCUCAUGUACCCUCCCCCACCAUCCAGCCGCUCGACUCUGCUCCACCCCGUUGGAACCGCCCCUCCACCGCGGCAUCAACCAAUGAGAGCUGGGGAGCAGAACGCGGCGGUUUCCAUGGGAGCGCGGAAAGGAGGAGGGGAGGAGGUUACCUAGCAAUUGGGAGAUGCUCCGUGGCCCAGCCAAACGGUUGGAAAGUGCUUUCCCAGAGCCGGAGGAACCCGAACUUACGGGAUCCUGGACAGAGGCGAUUCCUAGUCGCUCCCCUAUCUCCCAGGAGCCUUUGGCCCCAACCCAAUCAUGACGUCUCCCCUGUGCUGGGCGGCCGCCACCAACGCCGUGCCUGCUCAGGACCAGAUUUCCACUUCUUCCAAGGCCAAGGGCAGUCAAGAUCAAGCCAAACGCCACCACCCUAGAGGCAAGGGCACCGCACAGGCCUGGCCCCCACUCUAUUCUAAGAAGGGCCCCGUCCAUGCCAGCGCGGGGAAGUCCUCUGUGCACACUCAGCAGGUGACUGAGUUACAAAAGAAGAUACAACUAUUAGAGAGUGAUCGGAAGGCCUUUUAUGAGAGCACCCAGUGGAACAUCAAGAAGAAUCAGGAAACCAUCAACCAGCUACAUGAUGAGACUAGGGUGCUGCAACUACAGCUGACGGACCUGCUUCAGGGAGAUGAAAAAGUGAUCCAGGCAUUGAUUCGGGAAUGGAAGUCAGAGAAGCCAUACCUGAAGAACAGGACAGGCCAGCAGGCCCUGGAGCACCUGAACUACCGGCUGUAUGAGAAGGUGAAGCAGCAAAAUGCUCUGCGGCACCAGGUGGGAUUACAGCAGAAGUGGCUGGAGGAGCUCCAGCUGCAGUACAACCUGCGAGAGCUGGAGAUGGCAGAAACACAAGAUGGCAACACUGAGGUGGCUAAGACCUUGCGUAACUUGGAGAACCGUCUGGAGAAGGCCCGGAUGAAGGCGGAGGAGGCGGAACACAUCACUAGUGUGUACCUGCAACUCAAGGCCUAUCUACAGGAAGAGAGCCUUCACUUGGAGACCCAUCUGGACUCCAUGGAGGCUGAGGUGGUGAAGACAAAACACGAGCUGGAGGAACUACAUGUGGUGAACCAGGAGGCGCUCAAUGCCCGGGACAUUGCCAAGAAUCAGCUGCAAUAUCUCGAGGAGACUGUAUUCCGAGAGCGCAAGAAUCGCGAGAGGUACAUAACUGAGUUCAAGAAACUCGCAGAGGAGAGGAAACUGCAGAAUGAACGCAUGGAGCGCAAGACCCAGCGAGAGAACCUGCUGCUGCAGUCUGAUGAUACGACCCAGGACAGUCUGCGGGCCAAGGAAGAGGAGCUGCAGCUGCGCUGGAGCAUGUACCAGAUGGAGGUUCUCUUCGGCAAGGUCAAGGAUGCCACCGGUGUGGCCGAAGCACAUGCGGUGGUGAGGCGGUUCCUGGCGCAGGGUGACACCUUCACGCAGUUAGAGUCACUCAAGAGAGAGAACAUGCAGCUGCUGCUGACGCUGAAGCAAGAGAAGCAGCGGCUGCAGCAGGAGCUUGAAGACCUCAAGUACUCCGGGGAGGCCAUGCUGCUGAGUGAACAGAAGCAGCAGGCCGAGUUGCAGAGUAGCCUCAAUGCAGAGGAGCAGCGGAGGGCUGAAGCCCAGGGCCGGAUGGAGCAGGCCACACGGGCAAUGCAAAUGCUGAAGGAGGGCCUGGAGCACCUGGCCAGCAAGCUGGACCACAUCACUGUGGACAGCCAGGAGUCUGGUCUCUCCACUGCUAAAGAGCUGGAUCCCAAGGCAGGUGAUUAUUUGCCAAACCUGCUGGGCCUCGUGGAGGAAAAGCUGCUGAAGCUGCAGGCGCAACUCGUGAGCCACGACAUUCCGGAGAUGCUGCGCCACAUCGUGAAUCACGAGUUUUACUCCAGCCUAGAGGGAAAGCUGCCCACAUACAACACCCGCAUCACCCUGCCCCUUGCCAGUUCCAAGGACAAAUUCUUUGAUGAAGAGGAAACCGAGGACGAAGACAAUGACGUGGUGACUCGCUCGGAGCUCAAGGUCCGUUCCCAGAAAUUAAUGGAAUCUCGCACUAAGAGGCGCAGUCGCUCUCGGAAGUCCUAGAUUCGAUUUCGUGCCCGCCUCAGGGCUCCUGCGGAGCUCCCAACCCCUCUGGGCUCGGCCACCCGCCCUCGGGACCCUUUCAAGGGCUCAUCACUCCCGGGACAAGGGAGCGGAGCCGGCCAUCGGCGCCCAGAAUAAAUAUCCCCUGGCUGCCGAGCCGACCUCCGAAUCACGAA